AUGAGGGCGUAUGCAUUAUUUAUUUACAGCAUAUUAAAUUUUAAUAAAUCUCGUAUUAAUCGUCAUAUGAUACCUAAAGAACUAAACAAUGCAAAAAAUAAGGGGCAAAAAGUGAAACUAAAAAAGAAAUCAGUUAUGCACGCGCUGACAGCGCAGGCGCAGCAGGGCAAUGAACGUAGACAGGUGCCACACGACCAAUCCCAGUACAGAAUCUCAGUUAACGUGACUGGCUUCAAAUCACCAAAUUAUGUCUGA